AUGUCAGGGCACCAUGGAGGCUCACAGAGACAGACUCCAGAGUGUGUGUCCCCGAAGGUGUUGUCUCACUCCAUCGAGCGGAUCCUGAGGAGAGCACCGUGUCUGGAUGAGGAGGAGAGGGGGGGCGGAGGAGAGGGGGAGAGAGGGAGCAUGGCGGGAGAGACGGGGUCUGUGUGUGUGAAGACCACCGCUGAGCAACAGCCUAAAGUCAACAGAUGCCCAGUGUCGCAGAGCGGCAGUCGGCGGGUACGAACCACAUUCACCUCGGUCCAGCUAGAGGUGCUAGAGAGGUUCUUCCAGGAGACCCAAUACCCUGACAUACAUUCCAGAGAACUACUGGCCUCCCAAACACAGCUGUCAGAGGCACGAGUACAGAUAUGGUUCCAGAACCGCCGGGCCAAGUGGAGGAAGACUGGAGCUCUGGGAGAGAGCAGAGGAUUGGACGAACUCUCAGACACCGACCAACAGUCUGAGAGGAUGGUGCCCCUUCCUCUGCUGAUUGGAUCCCUCCAAACCAGGCCACACCCACUACGGCACAGGCUCUUCCUCUCCAGGCCCCCCUACCAUCCCAUUGGUGUUUACCAGCACUUCCUGCCCAAGCUCCACCCAGCCCUGGCACCCUACUCUGAGUGUGUGUGCCUGCUUCCCCACCCAGCCCAGUGCUUGUUGACAACAAUGACACACACCAUACCUGGACACACACUCAGCUGACAGACGCACACACAGGACGUCUUGUAUGUCCCUGUACAUUUGUGUUUUCUGUACGUAAAACAAUUCUAUUUUCAAUAAUUUCAUACAAAGUAUCGUAAAUAACGGUCUUCAGUCUGAGCAUGAAUAGCUGAAUCAGGUGUGUUAUUGUAGGGCUGGAAUGAAACACCCAGUAGCUCUCCAGUACCAGAGUGGGAGAGUUGGAGACCCAUGUCCCAGACUGAUCCUGGGUUCUCUGGGAUUCUGAGAAACACUCUGACUCGGUCAUCAUCAUCAUCAGUCUUACGUCACUUCCAGAGGGCAGGCCAGGCGGUGUGUGUAGAGUCAACCAUAUAGUUCCUUGAAUCUGAGAAGUCCUCUCAAAGGUUAAAGUAGUUUAUGUGAUAUGAUUAAUAGGACAAUGUUCUGGAGUCUUUAAACAAUGAAUAUUUAUGAGUGAUG